AUGGCUGAAGAUGAUGUGGCUGUUUCAGGAGGGAUGCUCACCAGACCCCUUCUCCUGGUGACCCUAAUAUCUGCCUUUGGCUCCUCUGUCCAGUACGGUUACAACGCUUUUGUGAUCUUCCACCCUGCCAAGUACAUCCAAAACUUUUUCAACGAGACGUACCGGUUCAGGAACGUGAUCAGCAUCGACCUUAGCUUGUUGUGGUUCCAGUGGGGACUCACCGUCGCCUUUUUCCCAUUUGGGGGCUUCUGUGGGGCUCUCAUGGCUGGACCACUGGUGGACAGCAUUGGAAGGAAAAAAACACUCCUAGUCAAUAACCUUUUGGCCAUGAUCGCCGCGGCUCUCGUCAUUUCCACCAAGCCCAUGCGUUCACACGAACUUCUGAUCUGUUCGCGCUUCUUUGUGGGAAUCUGUGCCGGAAUUGCCUUCAGUGUGGUCCCCAUGUACCUGGCCGAGAUUGCCCCCCAAAAUCUGCGUGGGGCGCUCUGCACGGUGGCGGACCUCUUCAUCACCUUUGGGAUUUUGUUGGCAGAAGCCAUAGGCUUCCGCGAAGUCCUUGGAACCGAAGAAGGUUGGCCAAUCUUGUUAAGCCUCGCUGGCAUCCCGGCCUUGCUCCAGUUACUGUUUCUCCCGUUUUUCCCCGAAAGUCCUCGAUUUCUCCUGAUUCAGAGGAAGAAGGAAGAAGAAGCCAGGCAGGCUUUGAAGGAGCUGAGGUGCUCAGAGGAUGUGGAGCAGGAGAUGGAAGACCUUCGGCAAGAGGAGCUGGUGGACAAGGCGGAGAAAGAUAUGGACGUGAUGAAGAUCCUGUAUUAUCCCGGCCUUCGGUGGCACGUGAUCUCUAUCGUGGUCCUGAUGGCGGGUCAGCAGCUCUCCGGGAUCAACGCGGCCCAGCAUUACGCGAAGCGGAUCUACUUGUCCUCGGGGGUCAGCGAGAUGGUGGUGUGGUACAUCAGCAUGGCGUUGUCUCUCUUCCUGAUGGUCAUCACAACCCUAGUGAUCUGCAUCGUGGAGACUUCGGGACGACGGGUUCUGCUGCUCACCGGCUUCAGCAUUUGCAGCAUCUCUUGCAUCUUCUUGUCCAUGUCUUUGCAACUCCAGAAAAACAUCCCCACCAUGGCGUAUCUGAGUGUGUCGUUCCAUACCAUCUUCCUCAUCGGACAAGCGACUGGCCCCAAUCCGGUUCCCAACGUUCUGGUAGCCGAGUAUUUCCUCCAGACCACUCGAUCCACGGCUUUCGUGAUCGCAGGAAGCAUCCACUGGAUUUGCAAAUUCCUCAUCAUUGUGACGUAUCUCCACAUAGACAUCGAACUGGAACCCUACAGCUUUCUAUUCUUCUGGCCGUUCAACAUCGCCACCGUUUUUUACGUCGCCAAGAUGAUCCCCGAGACCAAGGAUCGGAGUUUCCUGGAGAUCAGGAGAGUCCUGUCUCGCCAUCUGGCCCAACGGUCGUAA